AUGGAGAUGAUUAGAAGAGCUCGUAAGAUGGAGGAACUUAUGGACUAUGAUUCUCUCUCCCUACUCCCUAAUGCAAGGUUGCCACCUAAGUUCAAGAUGCCAACCCUAGACAAGUUUGAUGGGACCGACUGCCCAAAGUCCCAUCUGAAGAUGUAUAUAAGGGCUAUGCAGCCCUUAGGCGUGACCAAGGAAGUACUUACUCAGAUGUUCCAAAACGCACUGACCGGAGCCGCUCUUAGGUGGUUCCUCAACUUAGAUGAUGCAAGAGCAAAAAGUUGGGAGGACAUCUGCCGAGAGUUUCAUAAGCAAUACAAGUACAAUAUGAAAGUGAAUAUCACAAGAAGAGACCUUGAAACUACCAAGCAAGAGCCGAAAGAAUCUUUCUCUACUUUCAUUACUAAGUGGAGAGCCAAGGUAGCACAGAUGAUGAGUAGGCCAAGUGAGGAAGAACAGUUAGCCAUGGUUGUAAAGAAUUUAUUACCUAUAUACCACAAGUAUUUGUUUGCACAAUAUUUACCCAAUUUUAAAGCUUUAAUUGCUGCUGGGACCCAAAUUGAGGAUGCUAUAAACAAUGGUACUAUAAAGACUAAUGACUUUCCAAGGUUUAGAAAGAAUGUAGGAUCUAAUUCUAAGGCUGCAGAAAUUUCCAACAUCCAUAAAAAUGAUCCUUAUCAAUUGAUUGCACCCAUUGCACCUGUGCAAGUACCAUAA